AACAAUGUGCAUUUUCAUAUUCAGCCGCUGAAUUUCAGGGGCACUUAUUACUUGAAAAAUGACUGAACUAACAACGUUAGCGACCCUAACAUGUAAACAACAAGUUGUUCGAGCAGUUCGCUUCAACGUGGACGGCUCAUACUGUCUAACAUGCGGUGCAGACAAGAAAAUCAAACUCUGGAACCCCCAUCGUCAGAUAUUACUGAAAACCUACGGAGGACAUGCCAACGAGGUGUUGGAUGCUGCUGGAUCCUGUGACAGCAGUCAAAUCAUAUCCUGCAGUGCUGAUAAAUCCGUAAUUCUAUGGGAUGUGACGACAGGACAGCCUCUGCGAAGAUACCGCGGCCACGCAAGCUCAGUAACUUGCAUAAAAUACAAUGAAGAAUCCACAAUGGCCGUUUCAGGCUCAAUAGACAAUACCGUUUGUUUCUGGGACGUUAUCAGCCGUAGACAAGAGCCGGUACAAGUUUUAAAAGAUGCAAAAGACACUAUUACUUCCAUACAGGUUACCGACCAUGAAGUUUUGACUACAUCUGUUGACUGUCAUGUAAGAUUGUAUGAUAUUCGAAUGGGCAAAAUGGUAUCAGACUACAUAGGCCAUAUUGUAACUUAUGGAAGCCUCACUAGAGAUGGACAAUGCUAUAUUCUAAGCUGUGCGGACAGUACAAUCAAAUUAUUUGACAAGGAGUCCGGGGAGAUACUAAAUACUUUUACUGGUCAUGAGAGUAAAGACUUUUUGCUUGAAAAUGCUGUGAAUGAGAAGGAUAGUCAUAUUAUUUGUGGUUCUGCUACUGGCGAAGUGUUUUAUUAUGAUUUAAUAAGUAGCGCUUGUACACAGAAAUUGGUACAUAGUGUAAAUAAAAAGCCGGUGGUGUCUUUAAGUCAUCAUCCUACUGAUAACUGUCUUAUUACAGCUUGUGAAGAUGAAAUUAAACUAUGGGGUGUACAAGCUAUGGAAGAAUGAAUUGGAAAAAAAAGCAUUUUUAUUAAACAAAAUCCUGAUCUCUG